AUGACUUUCUCUCAGAUUUCCUUUUCCCUCAAUCCUGCGCAGAAGGACUUCGUAGAACGGGUAUCUAUGGUUUUAGCCAGGUUUAAGGGCGAUGAUUACUACGCUUACGAGCAAACCGGUGCAUGGUAUCUCGGCCUUGGAAUCCAUGCCUCAUUGCUAGUCGACGCCAAAGGAGAGACUGCUACGGUCAUUACCGGGGCGCGGCGUGAAGAACAUCCGGUUCAAAGCUCCCUUGCUCAGACGGCGCGCGACUUUCUCUCCAAUCACGCUAGACCCGGUCAUAAAACCUUCGGGCAAGUUGGGUAUAAUUACGCCGCCCACGUCCGGGGAAUACCAUUUCAGUCGGGCCAUUGGCCGCUGUUAAGUCUCCUGGUUCCACGCACAGAGAUCACAUUCCACCAAGACCAAGUCACUCUGACUGGGUCCAACGAUGCGGAAUUAAAGGAGCUGUCGGCACUUAUCAUUGGCGACACCUCUAUCGAACUGGGUCCCUGCCUGAAUAUUGAUACGAAGGACCCCACAGGAGAAUAUAUCGCUCGUGUUCAGCGAGCGCAGGAGGAAAUCGACGAGGGAAAUUAUACUAAGGUCAUUCCCUCGCGUGCCGUGCAUCUUGCGGGGCGUGUGGACAUGGCAGCAACGCUUCUGCGCGGUCGACGGGCCAACGAUCCGGCCCGCAGUUUUUCAUUCAGCCAGGCCGAAUUCCAGGCAACAGGCUUUAGUCCGGAGCUGGUAAUGUCCGUCCAGGAUGGCAUCGUGGCCACCGAACCGCUCGCUGGAACACGAUCGCGCCUUGGCACAUCGGAGAAGGUGGAAAGGCUGGCGGAGGAGUUGACACACGAUACAAAGGAAAUCGUGGAGCAUGUUAUUUCGGUCAAGGAGGCUAUGACGGAACUGGAGCAACUGUGUGUGCCUGGCACGGCAGCGACAAAUGACUUGAUGUCCGUUCGCGCUCGCGGUAGCGUGCAGCACCUAGGAUCUCGGGUUUCUGGUAAGCUGGCAGCAGACAAGGACCCAUGGGAUGCCCUAGCGGUCAUUUUCCCCUCAAUUACAGCGUCGGGGAUUCCGAAACAGGCAGCCCUAGAGGGAAUCCAACGUCUAGAAAGCGAGCCCCGCGAGCUAUAUUCCGGCGCCGUCUUGAUGCUGGACGGACCUGAAUCCUUCGAGGCUUCGCUCGUUCUGCGCACCGUAUUCCAAGACCACCAUCACUCGUGGGUCCAGGCCGGGGCCGGAGUCAUCACGCAGUCCAAACCUGACCGAGAACUCACGGAAACUCGCGAGAAAUUGGCCAGUGUUGCCCCAUUUGUGGUCGCAGAGUAA